UGACUUCUUGGCCUGCGCGUUGCUCUUGCCUUCCGGGUCCUCUAUUGGCUCCUGGUCCGGCCAAAGAGAACCUUCUUUCGGCUCGUCCUUCGUGAGAUCAACCUCCGCCACCGACGCGCCAGCGAUCAGGGCUGAUGCAGUUGCUGCUAGUAGCUCUUGGCUAUGCCUGCAGGAGUAGCUUGGCCUCGCUACCUGAAAAUGUUCAGUGCAAGUAUGUUGGCCAUGUUUGCUGGUGCAGAAGUUGUCCAUCGAUAUUACAGGCCUGAUCUUACAAUACCGGAAAUUCCUCCCAAGCCUGGAGAACUCAGAACAGAACUAUUGGGGCUCAAAGAAAGAAAUCGGGAAGUUCAGCCUCCACAACAGUGAUGAUGCAAGGAUUAUGUUCCUCCAUGAACUGCUCUGUAGUAUUUAUAACUGAACCUGUGCAAUUUCAGUUUUCUGGCAACAUGGGCUAUACAAGUCAUCUAGUGUAUGCCCAUUUUCUGGAGUCAAAAUGUUUUUCCUCCCAUGCAAUACAAGGCAGUCUUUUACUUAGCUGUCUGGUUUGCCUCAAUAUGUAUCUGUAGCAUUGCUCUCUACAUAUGGCACAAUAUGCCAGUACUAUUUCCCCCCUUUUCCUUAAAACGGUUUCUGUAGGUUUUUGAUGAGGUGUUAAGCUUUUCUACCCUUCUGUUGAAAAAGGUCUGCAGAGUGACUUCCAGAGAUCAAUGAGUCAGGUUGUCAGCCCAAGGGCAGGGACUAAGAUGUGAAACAAGAGCAAAAGGUAUCUCAUAGAAUAGGAACACUGAGCAUCAUCAAUCCCCUACAAUGCAGAAAUAAGCAGCUGACCGUAAGUGGCUGUAAUGGAGGUGGAUUUGCAGGUUGGGGCCUCAUAGGUUCUAGCAUGGCAGCCUGUGUAGUAAGAGGCAGCAAAAUGACACCCACUAAAGAACAGCUAGUUCCAGUGGUGGGAGGGUAGCCCAGUUGAUGAAAACAACAGGGAUUGGAGAUGGAUGGUUGCCUCCUUGGGUUUUCACUCCCUAAAAGUGGUGGUGCAAUAAAAUCACGUUUCA